AUGUGGGAGCGCCUCUUGGUGCUCAGCCGACGUCCUGGCACGGCGCUAGCACGACAGUUGGCGAUCAAAAAGUAUGUUGUUCCACCGCUAGAAACGGAAGGGGAAAGAGUGAGCAUGGAUCUACACGGUGGUGAAACACUCGGUAGAUCCCAAAGUUACCCGCUUGAAAACUACAAGAGAGGUGCUCGUGUUUGGCACCGUCAUCCAGAACUAGUCUGGAUUUCUGGAGUACUUGAAGACGAUGUAACUUUCUCAACUAAAGUGCUUCGGAUACGCUUAGAUAACGAUGAAGUGGUAGAACUACGUAUCUCAUCACCAAACCAGUUGCCGUUCCUUCGAAAUCCAGCAAUCCUCAUAGGAAAAGACGAUCUCACUUCAUUAUCGUACCUCCACGAGCCUGCUGUUUUGCAUAAUCUGCAAGUACGAUUUAUCGAACGGGAAUGCAUCUACACUUACUGUGGUAUCGUUCUGGUUGCCAUCAAUCCUUACGCAGACUGCAGUCAUCUCUACGGGGAAGAGGUCAUUCAAGUAUAUCGAGGCGUCGGAAGGCAGGUGCGCGAGCUCGAUCCUCAUAUCUACGCCGUUGCUGAAGAGGCUUUCUAUGAUCUGGCGGAGUUCAACAAAUGUCAGUCCAUCAUUGUGAGUGGAGAAUCCGGUGCUGGUAAAACGGUAUCAGCUAAGUAUGUUAUGAAAUAUUUUGCCUCUAUUGCUGGACACCGUACUAGUUCCGCUGGUAUAGAAGAUCGCGUACUAGCUACAAAUCCCAUUAUGGAAGCUAUAGGAAAUGCAAAAACUAUUAGGAAUGAUAAUUCUUCACGUUUUGGCAAAUACAUUCAAAUUAACUUUGAUGAGAAAUUCACUAUUAGUGGUGCAGAAAUGAAAACCUAUCUACUUGAAAAAAGCAGGCUUGUUUUCCAGGCUCCAAAUGAACGCAAUUAUCAUAUUUUCUACCAACUUUGUGCGGCAAGGGACCAUCCAGUGAUUAGGGACUUGGAUUUGGGAAGCAGCGAAUCAUAUUGGUAUACUGCGCAGGGUGGUGAUAGCAAAAUUCCCACAGUUGACGAUCGUCAGGAGUUUCUUGAGACUCUUAAGGCUUUGGAUGUGCUGGGUUUCAAUCAGGAUAAACAAAGGGAUAUAUUCCGUGUUUUGAAGUGCAUUCUGCUGCUUGGUAACAUCCAGUUCAACCCGAACGGUGACGGAUCCACUAUAGCUUCAAUGAACGCCAAGGAGAUCUCACAACUCUGCAAUGAUUUCAAAAUUAGCGAACCCGAGCUUAGGAUGUGGUUAACCGUUCGUGAGAUUCGCGCGGCCGGUGAAACAGUCAGGAAGGGCCUUGAUCCGCGUGAUGCAGGCAGGUCCCGUGACGCGCUUGCCAAACUACUCUAUGCACAAAUUUUCUCUUGGUUUGUGGACCGCUGCAAUGAAUCGCUAAUCGAAAAGGAAAAGAAAGCCAGUCGCAACAAGAAGUUCGUCGGAGUGCUGGACAUCUACGGGUUUGAAACGUUUGAGAUCAACAGCUUCGAGCAGUUUUGCAUUAACUACGCAAACGAGAAGCUUCAACAGCAGUUCAAUCAACACGUUUUCAAACUGGAACAGGAAGAAUAUGAGCGAGAAGAGCUUUCUUGGGUGCGCAUUGACUUUCACGACAAUCAGCCGACUAUCGACCUCAUUGAAGGAAGACCAGGGCUUAUAGAUUAUCUGGACGAGCAAUGUAAGGUCAUAAACGGCUCCGAUUUUGGGUGGCUAGAUCGUAUCUCGAACUGUCCAAAGCUCAAGAAAAAUCAGCAGCUACAAUUUCCUCGGUUUAAGAGUAGCAAAUUUACUGUGCAACAUUUUGCAGCUGACGUUUUGUAUACCAUAGACGGGUUUAUGGAAAAGAACAAAGAUGCGGUGAGCAAACAGCUAUUGGAGCUGGUCGCUACCACUAAGUUCCCCCUUCUGCGAGAAAUUAUGGUCUCACAUGUCGCUGGAGAGGAGAUUCCUGGCAGAAAAGUUGGAAAAACCGUGGCUGGCCAGUUCCGUGAAUCUCUUCGGGAUUUGAUGGCAGUUCUGGGAACGACUAGACCACAUUAUGUGCGAUGUAUCAAGCCAAAUGAUGAGAAAGAAAGGUUUUACUUCGAGCCCAAGCGAGCCAUUCAGCAGUUGAGGGCUUGUGGUGUUCUGGAAACUGUGCGUAUAUCUGCGGCUGGUUUCCCUACUAGGUGGACCUACGAAGAAUUUGGUCGUCGAUACCGUGUACUCUAUCCGGAAGGAAAAGCAAUGUGGCGCGAUAAACCGCGACAGUUCGCUGAAAAAGCAUGUUACAAAUAUCUCGAGGAGGGGAAAUUCGCAUUGGGUAAAACAAAAAUCUUCUUUCGCACUGGGCAAGUUGCUCUUCUGGAACGAAUUCGGCUCGAAACUCUGAGUGCCUCCGCAGUGCUGAUUCAGUCGAGAUGGCGUGGAUACGUGGCUAGGAAGAGAUUUGAGGCCAUGAUGAAGAGCAUACGCACUAUACAGGCUGCCACGAGGGCAUUUCUCGCUGUCCGACGGCUACACUAUCUCCAGAUGCAUCGCGCUGCAAUCGCUAUCCAAUCAGCUUAUAGAGGAUAUGUGUGCAGAAGACGAUAUCAGGAGCUUCGCGCCGCUGUCCUUGCCAUUCAGGCCCACUAUCGCGCCGCCAAGGUCCGCGCGUGGGUGAUGAAGAUGCGCUAUGAAAAAUCCGCCAUUAUCAUACAGAAGUACUGGCGAGGCUAUCUCGUCCGGAGAGAAGAGAUCAAGCGACGACAGAAGAUCGUUCUGGUGCAGUGCUGUGUGCGUCGAUGGCUUGCGAGGAGGCGUCUGCGAGAACUUAAGAUCGAAUCGCGUUCUGUCAACCAUCUUCAGAAGCUCAACUCCGGCCUUGAAAAUAAGAUCAUAGGUCUACAGAUGAAGCUUGACUCAGUGACAUCAGAUCGUAACCGGCUAGCUGCAGCUGAGGAUCAACUCCAGAGGAUACGUGCCGAACUUGUUUCUGCAGAAGCAGAGAAGCGAGAGCUGAAAACGAAGUUGGAAAAAGUGGAAGAACUAGCUUUGGAAGUUGAACGUUUGGAGACCGAAUGUGAUGUGAAGGAAGCGCAGAAAUGUGAGCUUGAGACACGAAUCAAGGAGCAGACCUGCCGACAGGAGCAGUUACAAACAGAAUAUUCGGCCAAAACUGCAGAGCUCACUGAUCGCUUGGAUUCAUCGAUUUCAUUAGCUGCAGAGCUCGAAGCUGAAUUAAAGAAGACACAAGCUGCACUCGCUCAUGAAAGCGAAAGAAGAGCAGCAGCCGAACGCGAAAGGGAUCUCAUGCGUGAUCAGUUGUUGCAGAAUGCAAGUUUGCUUGCCUCUCCACAUUUUAGUCGAAAUGGCAGUUUAAGAGAGAGCGGACGCCAGCCAUUUUCUCAAACUGGACUGGACGGUAAGCCAGACGCUCAUGACCUCGAUGAACUUGCCUUGAUCCUUCGUCAACAACAGAUGAUCAACAAUCUUCGCAUGAGGGCUGAACAAUCUCAACGAGAAAACGAGCGUUUGAGAGGUCUGGUUGAAGCUUCUUCUUUGAUUGAUUCGCUGGAGAAAAGAACAUCGCUUCGUAAUUUUGAAUCACAUAAACUGCAGGAGCUAGAGACUGCCUACUCGCGAUUGAAGUUGGAGCUUGAAGGUUUGGUGGCUGAGAAAGCUGAUGCUGGUCUAGAGAACAUGAACGUGAAGAUGUUAUUUGAUCGCCUUAUCGAAGACAACGACAGACGUCGAGAAGAGUCAGCCGAGUUAAGAGCGAUUCUCGCCACAAGAUUUGAACGACAGUCACUUCACGCUGGUGGUUCACCUCGUCCAGAUUCCGGACAUUGUUCGGCCGGUCAUUCCGAAGAUGGAAGCUGUGACUUGGAUGAGGAACUGUGCUUAGAGCGACAAUGUCGGCAGCUGAAAGCCCUUGCGGAAAACCUGAAUCGUGUUCUAAUCGACCGGAAUCAAGAGAUUGAAAAACUGGAGAAGCGAUUAUCGGAAACUACGCCACCAUUUAGGCCGUCAGAUUGCUCCGUAGACGAAGCUUUACGGGAUGUUCAUGGUCGGCUCAACUCGCUUGCUUCUGAAAAUUUGUCGCUCAAUGAUAAACUGUCACGACAGUCUGAAGAACUUGCUGAAGCGCGCUCACAACUGAGAGGUUAUACAAGCGGUUUGGGACUAUCGUUAGAUGACACUGCGGACUCGGAUGUUAUUCGUCUGGAGACGUUAUCCAAGGAUGGUGUUGAACAUUCAGCACUUCUAGAGGUCUUCAAUGUUCCGGAGUUCACUCGCAUUCUUAUUUGUGAUCUCAAGCCUCGUAUGGCUCGACUUUUGACAAAGUCUUUCCCAGCUUACGUGAUUCUGUCCGCCUUCCGCUAUUACGAUCAUGCUCAUGACGAUGCAUCGCUUACUAGUCUAUUCAAUACGCUUCAUCUCAUGCUCAAAGACACUGUUACGCGCUCGCACGAUAUGGACGUUCUAUCAUUAUGGCUGGUAAACACUUGGAGACUCUUCAAUCUUCUUCGGCAAUACAGUGGCGACAAAGCAAAACCCGAAUGGACAGCAGCUAACACCGAGAAGCAAAACAGUCAUCGUCUACAAUCUUACGAUAUCACACCGAUUCGCGAGCAGCUACGACUACGGGUGGAAGAAUGUUAUCAAAAUCUCAUGAAGCGAGCCGUAGAACCAAUACUAAGUCCAAAAAUAGUGCCGGGUAUCCUACAGCACGAAACUACAAGCGAUGUGGGUGUUCCCUCAGGAGCCAAGCAACAAAGCAGAGAGUUAUCUCGUGAAGCGGCCAAGAAGGGCCUCGACGAUCUCCUAAACUUUUUGAACUACGUCCACGCUAAACUUGCGGUUUACGGAGCUGAUCAAGUGCUGCUUGGACAAGUCUUUGGGCAGAUUUCGAGCUGGAUCUGCGCGCUUUCUUUGAAUCACAUGAUGUUCCGGAAGGAAUUGUGCAAUUUCGAGAAGGCUAUCCAGAUCAAACACAACGUCACUGAAAUCCAAUCCUGGCUAUCUUCCAAAGGCUUGGAUGCACAUCGAGAUGCACUGGAACCACUAGUCCAAGCUUGUCAUUUAUUGCAGAGCAAGAAAGACGAAUCAAACAUUGACACACUUUGCGGAGAGAUGACUAGCAAGCUGAAGCCGCGACAGGUGAUCGCCAUUUUGCAACAUUACGCCCCGUCGGACGAUUUCGAAGAGCGCGACAUUGACGCCGAGCUGCUGGUGAUGAUCCAGCGCCGUCUCAACGAGCGGGCCAGGGCCAACGGCGAGACGAGCGAGGACCAGAACACGCUGAUCGUCAUGGGCACCUACCUGCAACCGUUCAACUCCGAACCGUUCGUGCACUCGGACUUCGCGCUCGAAACGCUCUCGCUGCCCACCUGCCUGCAUUUGCAGCACGUGUGCCGCCUUCUAUAAGCUUGUGUGUGUUGUCCGCAUUUGCACAGCUGACCACGACUCAUCGCUAUGCGCUGUGGGACUAUAUACUAGUCGAACCGAUAUUCUACAAUGGGUACAUCGUUGUAAAUUAACAUAUCUAUAACCUUUGUAGCUAGACAUCCACAUGAAUGACUCAUGCUCUCUACUCAUCCAGUUUGCUUCAUCACUUGUGAUUUUACUCUCGUGUCCCAACUUUUACGCAAGCUCUUUCAUUUUUGUUGCAUGCAUGCUGUAAUAUUUGUAGAUAUUCGCAGAAGGCAUUCGCUAUAAGUGUCUUGUUUUCUCGCUGAUUUGUAUAAUUACAUAAGAGAUAAAUACUUCAAAAUCCAAC